GGAUUUAACCCUUUGUGGGUCCGGCCCCUCAGAGGCAGCGUCAUCGGGUAGUUUUAACCCCUUCGGGGCUGGGUUUAACCCACUGGACUUAACCUCAUCUAGCCCACCAAUUCCUCCAUCGUGGGGGGCGCUCUGCGGGGAGGCUCGAGGCCGACCCCCUUCGUACAUUCCGUGCUGUUCCUGCUGCUGCACCCCUUUGGAACUGCUUAGCUGAUCGCACGGCAGCGCUUAACCCUUUACUGACUUGAGCGCCCCCAAGUUGCAAUUGGAGUUUGCUGACAGGACCGGCUGAAGGCAUCACUGCAGGAAUUACCGAAGUGGAAUCUGUUGGGCAUUUUUUUCUUCAAGAAAAGAAAAACCUCUUUUUUCUUCAAGGACUUGCAGCCAAAAUUCUUCAAACUUUGAGGACUCUUGUUGCCAUGACCGAGCCACUCGUGUCGGAAUUUCAGCACCAGCCUCAAACUGGCAACUGUGCAGGUGCUGAUGCUGUCCACGAAGAGCGGAACCCCGACCGCCCCUCCCCCACCCCCCUCCCCGCAGAGGAGCCGGUGCCCGAGGAUGACAGUAGGUGGCAAGCAAGAGCGCUCCCCCAGCCGGGUGGCCAUCCAGGGCCAGAGGGGGAAGGGAGCCUGGACCCCCAGCCGUCUCUCCAGGUCUGUCCAGAACCUUGCGGCCUGGAAGCGGACGAAAAGGGCCAGAAUGGAGAUGGAGAUGACUUGUCCGCUGGCGGAACCGCCCCGCCGCCAGCGGGAGGGGAACAGCGGCCCGAGACCGAGCCGCUCACCCAACGGUGUCAUGACUCCGAAGCCAACAAGUUGGGGGCUCCUGCCGCUGGAGGCGAGGAGUCGUGGAAACAGCAGCAGAGACAGCUGGGCAAGAAGAAACACAGGCGACGCCCUUCCAAGAAGAAGCGGCACUGGAAGCCGUACUACAAGCUGACUUGGGAGAAGAGAAAGUUCGACGAGAAACAGAGUCUUCGAGCUUCGAGGGUUCGAGCCGAGAUGUUCGCCAAGGGCCAGCCGGUGGCGCCCUAUAACACCACGCAGUUCCUCAUGGAUGAUCAUGACCAGGAGGAGCCGGACCUCAAAACCGGCUUCUACCCCAAGCGGGCUGCGGCCAAGUCGGACACCAGCGACGAAGAGUUUAUGGAAGAGGCGGGUGAGGAGGAUGGGGGCAGCGACGGGAUGGGCGGAGACGGCAGCGAGUUUCUGCAGCGGGACUUCUCGGAGACGGACGAGCGGUUCCACGCGGAAAGCCUGCAGAACAUGAGCAAGCAGGAGCUCAUCAGGGAGAACCUGGAGCUGGAGAAGUGCCUCUCUCGCAUGGAGGACGAGAACAACCGGUUGCGGCUGGAAAGCAAGCGGCUGGGCAGCAGCGACGACGCGCGCGUCUGGGAGCUGGAGCUGGAGCUGGACCGGCUGAGCGCCGAGAACCUGCAGCUGCUGACGGAGAUCGAACUGCACCGGGAGCAGGAGCGGGCGCCGCUGUCCCAAGUUUGGGGACUAGACUGAAACUUUUUGGAGGGGAGGGACAAAGGGGACUUUUUACAGUGCUGGAAUGUAACAUUAUAUACAUGUGUAUAUAAGACAGUGGACGUUUUUAUGACACAUAAUCAGAAGAGAAAAAUCCCCCCGGCUUUGGUUGGUUUGGUAAAUUUAGCUAUGCUGUAGCUUGCGUGCUUUCUGCUGUUCUUUAAUUAUGUGAAACUGAGGGAUGCGUUACUUUUCUUUAUAGUUUUUUUUUAUGUGUAAUUUGACCAAGUUACAAUGUAUUUUCUGUUAAAAACCCUCUCAAACUGAUCUAUAAGGUGGCCAAAUCUGAGAACCAUUAAAUUCAUUCUAGUUAUAAUAAAUUUAAUAUUUGUAAAUGUAAAAAAAAAAAAA